AUGAGAUCAUUCCCGAGUGGCUGCUGGACUUGCAAACUCAGACAUCGGAAAUGCGACCUUCAAAUCCCUGCGUGUAGGGAGUGCACAGAGCGAUCCAUCCUGUGCCAUGGCUAUGGCUCCAAGCCUACGUGGAUGGACGGAUCAGCUGCUGAGCACGAAGAGCUUGGACGAAUCAAAAGGGCUGUGAAACAGCAUCUUAAGAGGAUUCGAAGGGUUCAACGGAAUCAGAGCCCUGGAAGAGGUGUAGCAAACAGGUCUCCGCCAGAGAGACAUGUCCGGACCCAGACUCUGUCAGCUCCUGAUGCUACGGAACUUUCGCAUGCUCUAGAUCAUGACUAUGAUGAUUCCGAGGCCCUAACACUGCUUGUAGAUACCGAGAGUAAUGUUUCACUCACAAGAAGAUCUCUUCAGGAGAAUGAAGCUACGCCACCAGUCACUCCACCACAAGAUCCCACUUCCCCUUACCUCUUGCCACCGAGAUUAGCAUCUAUAAUCAUGUACUAUCUCGACCAUGUAUUCUUCUGGCAAUUCCCUUAUUUCCAGUCUUGGUCCUGUUUGGGCAACAGAGGCUGGCUUCUCAUCUUCCUUAACAAUGGCGGCUCGCUGUCACGCGCUGCGUUUGCACUCUCCACUUUACACCGAGAUGCAUCCCGGAAGAGGUGCUCAUAUAGCCAAGAAGCCUUCGAGUUUCACUCAAAAGCCUUGAGGGAGUUGCGCAAACUCUCGCAACAUAUUGAGACCGAGACACUCCUUAGCGAUCGAACCAAGUUGGCCGAAUUUAUAGCUGCAAGCCUGACACUGAUAAGUUUUGAGGUGUUCAAUGGAGCUGAGUACGAUUGGGUGCCGCACCUCGAUGCUGUGACGGCUGUCCUCGCUAUGCAUUCACCGGACGCGCUACUCCGGGCUUCAUCACCACCCGAAAACACAGUGCCUUCCCCAAUCAAUUCUUCCCGUGAUGGUGAUCUUCAUCACUCACUACCUGAUUUCAACUUUCUUGUGGCAGAAGCAUUGUGGCAUGACAUCUUGGCGUGUGCCACGACAGGUCGAGUUCCACGAAUACCUUAUCGGCAAUGGCUGGAGGGGUCAAGUCUUCCAAUGUCUGAUUUGAUGGGAUGCUACAACUGGGUCAUGAUUGCUAUUGGAGAUUUGGCAUAUCUGCAAGCCUGGAAAAAGGAUAUGAAACAACAUGGGAGCUUAAGUAUGCCAGAGUUGGUGAGAAAGGGUCAAGAAAUAGAAAAGAGACUGCAAGACGGCAUCACCGAUCUAAAGCAAAAUGCAAAGGCAAGUAGUAGCAGCAUUCAGAGGACGCACUAG